CGCCCUUUUUUAACUGGUCGACAACAGCGCCAUCGUGACGUCCUUCGAUCAACGAAGAAGGACGCGAAGCGAGCAGAAUUUCUCUUUUGAUCGCCAUGGAAUGUAAAACUAAAGACGAUAAGGGAUUAUACAGAUCCCUGGACUGUUGGAUGGAACAUUUACCGGAAAGUCUUCACGGAACACCUCUUCCUUAUCUGGCAAUUCCAGGUUCACAUGAUUCCUGUAGCUAUUCCAUCAAUUCUAAUUCAGAAAUUGCUCCAGAUGAACCCUUACUGCAAAAUUCCAUCCUCAUCCAUCUCCUUGGAUGUGUGUCCAAACGAAUUAUAUACAAGUGGAGUAAAACUCAGAGCCUAAGUUGUACUCAGCAAUUAGAAUGCGGCGUUCGUUAUUUUGAUUUACGGAUAGCAUCCAUGUCAGAUAGUAAAGACCUAUAUGUUGUUCAUGGUUUGUAUGGAGCAUUAGUAGUUGAUAUACUUAGGGAAAUUCAGAAAUUUCUCCAAAGUCACACCAAAGAGAUAGUAUUGCUUGAUUUUCAGCAUUUUUAUAAUAUGUCCCAAGAAGAUCACCAUUCUCUCUUAAAUUUAUUGACGGAAACAUUUGGAUCACUAGUAUGCCCAUUUGUUACCGACAUCGAGAAAUUAACUCUCUCUUGGUUGUGGCAAAGAAAUUUCCGUAUUCUCUUGUUCUAUCGUAAUCCAAUUGCAAAAUACCAUCCUUUCCUUUGGCCAACAGAUUAUAUACCAAAUCCUUGGGGAAAUACAGUUAAUCCCAAAGCCCUUCUUAGCUUUCUGUCCAAAAAUUACCAAAAUGGCAGACCACCUGAUAAAUUUUAUGUUACACAAGGGGUUCUCACACCAACUCUGACAUUUAUAUUUUGUCACCUGCUGGGAACACUAAAGAGUGUUCUUGGCUUGGAGAGUAACAAUCUGAUAACAGAAUGGUUGAAAGACAAGGUUUCUGGAUUAAACGGCCUAAAUGUCGUAAUUUGUGAUUUUGUAGAUAUGGAAGAAUGCCGCAUUCCACAGCUAAUAAUUGAUCUGAAUUACAAACAGAUACAAAACACUCCGGAAAACAAACCCAAAACCUUUCACACUGCAGAAAAAGUAUAAGAUUUCAAUUUAUAUAUUUUAUAAUUCAAUAUUUACUAUUUUCACAACCGUAAGUUUUUUUUUAAACUAAGUAAUGAUUAUUAUUAUAAUCUGAGUUGUUUAUUUUAUAAAAUGAAGUUGGUAUCACAUGGGAUCACUUUUUUGAUUAUAAAAAUGUAAUUUUGAAAAUGCCAUACAAAGUAAACUAUUUAUUAGAAGAGGUAAUUAGCAUUGUAAACAUUAACUCCAUCUCUUUGGUAUAUUCAGUAAUUGUUUAAUUUGAAUAAGAACAUCUUUCCCUUAUUCAAUAGCUUUAAAUAUUACAUUAGUAUUUAAAAAAAAAGCUAAAACUUUUUUUAAAUCUAAUUGUUAGCAUCCAAUAGUGAGUAUUGUGAUGUGUGAAUAUUUCAUAUAUAUAUAUAAAUAUAUAUAAAUAUUUAGAUUCUUGAAACUUUAACUCAAUUUACAUGUAAUAUUAUUAUUAUUAUUAUGUAUACAUUUAAGUUUAUACAUCAAAUAUAUAGUCAUGGAUAUUUAAAAUUUCAUUUUAUGUAAUUUUUAUAACGUAAUGAAAGAAUUAUUCCAAGCGAAAGAACAAUAUAGAGAUACAGAAAAUGCCAAUUGGAUAUUUUAUAUAUAAUUAUUUCUUUUCUAUCAGACUUUUUUUUAUUCCCCAAACAAAAAACAUUGUUGUACCAGAAUAUAUACGAGAGUUAUUAUAAUAAAUUUAUAACUUUUAUGUUGUUUGUUAGUAGUAAAAAAUGUAAAAUCAAUGUGGUAAAGUUACU